GCUGAAUACGAAAACAUUCUCCUGGUCGGAAGAGAGAAACUCCCCUCUUUCAGGGCUGCGCACCCCCUCGCCAGGCUGCUUGCGAUCAUUGUUUCGCUCCAGCAUUAACUACAUUCCAAAGGGACGCAGCGCGCCCCGUCUCCCUCCUCACAUUCCUUCCCCAGAAAUGAGUCCCGAGCUCCCCGCUCGUUCAGCACGGCUCCAUUUCGCAGGAGCGAUAGGACUGUUGUCGUCAACGCUCGGAUGCUUUGUUUUUUACACCCUUUUGACUUUUAUGCAUGAACUACCUAAAGAAAACUUAGGGGAAAAAGCCUUACAAUGUAAAUUCCUCCGCGCAGCGCGCCAUUGAUUGUAAAGACCUUUCAACUUAUCAAAGGCUGAAAUUGACAAACGUCUUUUUCAGUGGAAACAGUUAUACGUGAAACAUUUUUUUGUUUUCGUUUUCGAAAGUAAAUAGCGCAGUAUGUCAGAACUACGGCAGUGGGCGUACAGCGAUUGCAAUUGCAACUAAUAGUUCAGUUUGUUGUGAUCUCCAUGUGAAGAGCAAUUUCUCCUGUCUGUAGUUGCAACUCGCCAGUUAAACUUACUAGUCAGCCAGUUCCACCAGUCUUACUCACUGGGAGUGCAAACAUGGAUAAGUAUGAGGAGGAUGCGGGUCUCCAGGCAAGUAAGUUAAUAGAAAACGUCUCUUUGUAUGAUUGCUACAAAGAUGGGGUUUACAGAGACAGAAGAGACACGGUCACUAAUGCGGAUUUUGGGUUUUCUGAUCAGAUGAAUUUCGAUCAGAAAAGUAAGAAGAAUAGCGGCAGUCCCGUGCCUCCUCAGCAGCUCCGCAGCAUUGACGAUCCCCCCGCUCCGGGAAACAAAGUUUACAAUGCCAGCGUUGGAAUCUCGGUAAAUGGAAACCGACCAGUGCAUCUGGAUUAUUACAAACCGCAGAAAGAUUCCGUUUGUCCUGAUGAUAGCCAUUGCACAAAAUCCGAUAUUGCCUUGCCCUGCUACAGCGGAUCUACUGAGCGCCAGAGGAGGCAUUCUUUGGAGGUCCAGGGGCAUAGGUACAGCACCGGUAGCGUGUACGAUGGAGUUGCUAUAAGCAAGCACGGACCGUUUUCUCCACUUUCUGGCAGCAGAUGUAACAGCGUCUGCGUAUCCAGCAGUCAGGAGUGCAGGUACAAUGCAGCCAGCCCCCGGUCUAGUUUAGCGUCUUCCCUCCCUUACCCGGAGCAGAGCAAGUACUCCAGUCCGAGAUCGAGCAUGAGCAGCCCGCGGGCGAGUCUGGUGGUCGCGGGUCAAGACAAAUACACCAGUCCCAGAACCAGUUUAAUGCAGUAUGAGGGGAACUGUACCCUCAGUCCAAGAUCGAGCUAUGCAAGCACCACCAGUGACACCAGUAAACACUCCAGUCCACGGGCAAGUUUGAACAGCUAUGAUUGCGGUAGUAAGCCCAGCAGCAACCGUACCAGUGGGAUAAGUAUGGGAUACGACCAACGACAGAUCAGCCCGAGGUCCAGUACAGCGAGCCAGUAUUCCGCUACCACAAGUCCGAGGUCUAGUUACUCCGACUCCCGGUACAUGCCGACCGCGAAUCAUGAGCACGACGCGGCGGUAGUUCACGGUAUUCCCUUGGUCAGCCCACGGUCCAGCAUCUGCAGCCAGGAUUGCAGCGCCAGACCUGCAGGACCUGCCAAUUGCGUGGCCAGCCCACGGUCCAGCAUUUCCAGUCAUAGCUCCAGGAGUUCGCGCAGCUCAAGGGGAUCCAUGAGCGCAUACCCCGAGGUGCAACACCCCUCGCCAAGGUCAUCGAUGUUGGGUGCGAGUUUACACGAAGACAAGGUGGUUCAAGAUUUUGCGGAUGCCAGUAGGAAUCAUGUCCAGCAAUCCCCCGCUAUCCAAGAAAGCCCCCAGCAACCAGUGCAACCUGGAUUAAACCCGGAAGGCAGCGUGCCGGGACCGGCAGCCUUUAAUUAUGAGACCCCGUGCAAAAGUUUGGUCGCCGGACAGAAAUUUAAGUUGCCGUACCAAGUCACACCGUGUCGGGAAACUGGACCGAGUCAAGCAGAAAGAAGGCUGGAAGCCUUAACUCUGGAGCUUCAGAAAGAGCUUGAGAUGCACAUGAAAAAAGAAUAUUUUGGUAUCUGUAUCAAAUGUGGGAAGGGGGUCUAUGGAGCCAGCCAGGCCUGUCAAGCCAUGGGGAACCUCUAUCACACUAACUGCUUCAUCUGCCAGUCCUGUGGGAGACGGUUGAGAGGGAAGGCCUUCUACAACGUCAACGGAAAAGUCUACUGCGAAGAGGACUUCCUGUAUUCUGGUUUUCAGCAAACGGCAGACAAAUGCUUUGUGUGCGGGCACCUCAUCUUGGAAAUGAUCCUGCAGGCGCUGGGCAAGUCCUACCACCCCAGCUGUUUCCGCUGCGUGGUCUGUAACGAGGGUUUGGAUGGAGUGCCUUUUACCGUGGAUGUGGAGAACAACAUCUACUGCGUAAAGGACUACCACACGGUUUUUGCCCCAAGAUGUGCGUCUUGCAACAAACCCAUUCUUCCCGCCCAGCCGCUCUCAUUCCAGGGUUCUGAAGAGACGAUCAGGGUCGUGUCCAUGGACAAGGAUUACCAUGUUGAGUGUUACCACUGCGAGGACUGUAGGCUCCAGCUGAACGACGAGGAGGGCCAGCGCUGCUACCCACUCCAGGACCACCUGCUUUGCCAUGGCUGCCACCUCCGCAGGCUCAAGGGACAGGCCGCAAGUCACCCACCGCCCAGCUUCCCUGUGCACGUCACGGAGCUGUGAAAGGGGGGGCGCCGGCGUGUACCAUAAUAUAAUAACCCACGGAGGAAGAUCAGAGGCCGAAGGGAUGCCCAGAAAAAGGCACGGGGUGUGGAGGCUGUCUCAUUAGAGCAGAUGAGGGGGGUUAUGUUAUCCUGAAAGCACAUCCUGGGCCGCCGUAAUCCUAAAAUGAGACAUUUCGGUUCUGAUUUUACUCUGAGGCCUGUGGGCUUAGUCAGUGGACCAGGGCAGCACCCAGACCUAAGUUGGGUGUGUUAAGGGAGCCAUACCACACAGCAGGCCUUGUGGAAACUCCCCCAGCACGGGGGGGGGGGGGCGGGUCCGGAGGCAUUCCUUACCCCUUUAGUCCGCUCCUGUCUGUCCUCGUCAUAAAUGGAUUACAGCCCGUAACAAGCCAAGGACACCUGCCUGCCAGAGUAACUGCCCAUUCUCCUUGAAUGCAGCACUUAAAAGAGCCGGCCGCCUCCGCGACACACGCCGCCAGUGGACUUGUCGCACCGCCCACGCGUCCGUCCUCUCGCACGCCGUGAUAUCGUCCGUACCGCGCGGACGCACCGCCGACGUGGACGGCUCUAUUCACCCCAGCUGAUUUACGUUUCGCGCAUAAAGUACCCAAUCAGCAUCAAAGAAGUUGAAUGUAUGCAGAGUAUAUGGCUGUCACGCAUGUAUACAGAUAUGCUCGCGCUCGCGUGUACGGAUAUAGCCUAUGGUUACGACCCAUGUGUGUUUGUUGUUUGUGCUGCGUGUCCUGAUUGAGUCAGUGGUCAAAUGACUUCCUGGCAUGGGAGAGAAAUUUAACUGUACAGUGCUGGUUUAGCUGUCUGUUAUUAGAGGAAGUGCUGCAUUUCUGUCUGUUUUUUCGCUCUUUUCGUGAGACGUCGCUGUCCUUUGUCAUUUCUGUUACAAGUGAAUGCAGCCUUUUCUGUCUUUUUUUUAACGAUUUUGGCCCCUCCAACAUCUUUCUUCGCUGUUAAUGUGUUUAAGACACUGGUCAAAGAAAACAAAAGCACUGAUAUUUAAUUCCCCCUCACCUUCUCACCAAGUCAAUAGGCAGAUUUUUAGUUUUUUUUUAAAUUCCAAAUCAAGGAGCUGCUGAUAUGAUGAAGUCAGCACUGUGCUGUGGACCAUGGUGAGGAUUGUUUUGGACGCCCCUGAUCAGCUCCUCCCACCAGGAAGGUGGCCAACGUGGGGCAGGGGGAGGCUGGCUGGGAAUCUUAGUUAUUUAAUUAACUGCUAAUUUAAUUUAUUCAUGAUGUCACUCUGUCUGCAUGAUCUGCAGUCCUGGGGCACUGGUUCUGUCCCUCCCGCUUGUGUUUUGUUUGACGGCAAAAUGACAUGAAGGCCACCGGGUCCAAAAGAAACGGGAGCCUCUAUUACUGUAGCUGUCACUCACACAGUGGGGGGGUGGGGCUGAUCUUUCUGAUACUACUGAACAUUAGCAUGGCUCUGGUACGGCCACAGGUGUAAGAGAUUUCAGCGUUCAGAGGACUUGGUUUGUGUAUUGCUGUACACCUCUACCCAGCCUGAUGCAUUUAGGGCUUAGUUACUGUCUGUUAGGCUUUUCCCACCAGAAGGUCCCUUCUCACCCCGUUUUUAAAUCAAAGUAUCGAAAUCUUACAGUCACAUAGCAUUGUUUUGCUGCCAUCUCAGUGCUGGUAGUCGAUACAGUGGAUGUUUAUUGUCAGAGUAAUAGCGAACUCCCCAACGAGAACCCCUGCUGGAGGAAGCAAAAGAUUAUAAAUAAUAAUGAGAGCACAGCAUAACUCCCAAGUGUUUCUCCCUCUGAUGUUGCUUUUGUAAUAGAAGACACUGUGGAUAUUCUCUCCUAACACAUCCUUCACAGUGAACAAAAAAAAAGCUCUUCGUUUUCAGUACACACCAGACACUGUGCCUCUAGGUUAGCUGUACAUAAGGGUAGUUUUAUUUCUUGCACAAAGUCCAAAAACAUAGCUGCUGUCUGUCCUGUAAGUAGCUCUCAAAAUAUCAUUCAAUGUGUGAUUUCCUAGAUGUUUUGUGAAAAGAGGAAAUGUAGAUUUAUUUAUCUAAAGAUAAAAAGUCUAAAGUUAUUUAAUGAGUUAAAGUCAGACAUGUCAUUUAACCUUAGAUGAUAUAAUCUGCUUUUUUAAUAAAGUGGUUUUGUAGUUAACUUGGUGAUGUCUUGUCUUGCUCUGUUUAUCUAUAAUGUCAAAAACAUGAAAGACAUCUUUUGUGCUGCUGAAUUUGAGACAUUUUACUCCAAGUUGUUUUCCAUUUGAGAAACAGGUGUGAACAUUUUUUUGCCAGUUUUUCCAACGUAUGUUGGGUUUACAAAUGUGGCUUUUGCAGCUUCUUUCGAGAUCGACUGCCAAAGAUUAGGCCGUUUAUUCAGGAACGCAGUCUCGCCCGCACCAGAGUUUGUGUCAUUAUGGGGCCAUUGAGUCAUUUUUGUAAUUGAAGCUUGACAUGCUAAGUUUAUUGUAGAUCAUGUGACAUAGCUGAGAUCCUAACAUUAGAUGUCUGCUUGCUCUGGGAAAAAAAGCCCUUGGAAACAAGACUCUAUUCAGUAACCGCAUAAUUCUGUUUGACCAAAACACCAGCUUCAUUAUUUAGCAAGUAAUGUGGGAAAUGGAGGGGGGGACCGGCUUUGUUACCUAUAACAACAUUAGCCUCUGACAGCUGGUUAGAUGAGGAUUAUUGAUGUAUAUUUUACCUAUUACUAUCCCAUCUGUUAUGUAAUUUUUGCUGCUGUGAUUUUAAGCACACUGUCGUAAUAGGCUUUUGUUUGGUCAUUUUUCUACUUAUUAAAUGUAGGUUUGAUUUGCAAGUGUUUUAGUAAACUACAUAAAAGGGCACAAUGAAUACA